UGAAAUACUGAAGACUGAAUGUCACAUGUUUUAAGACAGUGCGUUACUACGCAUGACUUUGAGUAUUUCUUCAAGAAAUAUGAGUUUAUGGUCUUCGUUGGAAGAAGCAUAUGAUAACUUAGAUCUUUCAGAAAGUGAUGGAGAAUGUAACAACUCUUCAAAGUUAUAUAUGCAAAAAUUUCAAAGCAAAGUCGAUUUUUCAAUGAAAAAUGAAAGGAAGUUAAAAGAUAAGAGCGACAAGGCAACGACUGAUCAUGCUCUAGACAGAAGAUCGUGCUCCAUACUAUUCAAAAUGAUGAACCAGGAAAUAUUUAGUGAAGUCAAUGGGUGUAUUAGUACAGGAAAAGAAGCAAACAUAUAUCAUGUAAAAAAUAAAGAGAAUGUGGAUUUAGCUAUCAAAGUUUAUAUGACAUCAAUAAUGCCAUUUAAAUCUCGCGAUAAAUACGUAAAGGGUGAUUUUAGAAUGCGUCAUGGUUACUCAAAGUCAACAUCUUGGAAGCUUGUAUGUAAAUGGAGUGAAAAAGAAUAUCGCAAUUUACUCCGAAUAAAUCAAUCGGGUUUAAUAAGUGCCCCCAAACCUCUACGUUUGAAAGGUGUUGUUCUAUUGAUGACGUUUGUUGGGAAGGAUGGUAUUCCCGCUCCAAAGUUAAAGGAUGUUUGUUUUCACGAAAGCGAUUGCAAAGAUUCCCCCGAUUGGGCUGCCUUGUACUUUCAAGUUAUUCAUGAUAUACGAACUUUGUUUCAAAAGUGCCGCUUAGUCCACGCCGACCUAAGCGAAUACAACUUACUAUAUCUUGAUGGAAGAGUUUGGAUGAUUGAUGUUUCCCAGGCUGUGGAACAUGAAUCACCUCAAGCUCUUGAAUAUUUAAGAACUGAUUGUCACAAUAUAAAUAUAUUUUUUCGCAAACAAGGUGUCUCAACUUUAACAUUACGAGAACUUUUCGAAUGGGUAGUGAAUCCCUCAUUGCCUGCACCCGAUGAUGCAUCAUCUAAAGAGUGUUUAAUGUCUUUACUUCGAGAAGCUUCAAUUCGUGGAUUAAAUGAAACAAUUGAAAAAGAGGAUGAAGCUUUCCGAUAUGUACAUAUCCCUCGAAAUUUAUCAGUAUCUUAUCCAUUUGUGAGAGAUUUUCUUAAAAUACAACGUGGACAAUUGUCACAUUCUGAUAUUUACUACGCAGCUAUAACUGGACUAAAACCUGAUUUAACAGGGAUUUUAACACAACCCCAAGUGAUCAAAGAAAACAAUGAUUGUGAAUCGGACAAUGAAUCAAUUACAGACAAAGCUUCAAUCACUUCAGAAAUUUCUUCUGAAUCUAUUAACGAAGAUGUAAUUAAAGUAAAGAAUAAUGCACGACCUCGAAAUGAAUCUCCAGAAAGUCGUAGGAAUAGAAAAAAAGCAAUCAAACAAGAACAAGCUGAAAAGCGAAAACAUAAAAUUCCUAAGUAUAUUAAAAGACGUAAAAUAAAAAAGUAAAAACUUUGAAAUUGAUCAGUGUUUUGCUGACGGAUAGUUGUUCGACUAUAAAUGUUAAUAUCAAAAUAACUGUAUUGCACCGUAGCGAAAACGUUGUGUUUAAACUAACUACACAACUUAAAUAACGACACGUUUAAUAAUUAGUAAUUAAGCCCCUUUUAUAAAUUUCGAUAGAACAAUGAGAAGAGGGAGUUUAUCUGAAAAAAACGUGAUGUAUUUGCGCUAUACAUUUCGAACAAUCUGGUCACACAUAUACUUGUCAAGGCAUUUUUAUAUGAAAAUUAAUAAA